AUGAGUGAAAUAGGCGAGGGAGAUGAAGAGGUACAAACUUCUAGCCAUGGAAUAAAGCAUGGAGGAAAUUCAUCCAAGUUUUCCGUCUCGGCUCCAAAUGGCAUAAUGACAGCCCAGUUGGAAACAGCACUCAGAGGGCAGUGCCCUGUGGAGCUCCGCUGCCUGCUGGUCCUCACGUUCCUUCAGAAGCUGAGCCCUGAAAGCCUGGCUGCUGCCAGCCCUCCUCCACCUCUAGACCGAUGCCUGGAUCCAUGUGAGACAGACAAGUCCAGGGAAAGGCUGGUUGGAUAUUCCCACAUCUGGCAGGAGGCUCCGAUCCAAGUUGUCCAAGAGAAGAUUGGGAUUUGGUGUCUGGCAGAGAACAGAUUUGGUGUUGACCCGCAGAGGACAGAUGUGCUGCUCGUAAAAUCACGGAUUCCUUGGGCUAGAUGGGGCCUUCGGGGUAGCCUGACACCCGAAGAAGACCUGGGUACCUAG